GCUUUUGAUUGAGAUAAAGCUGAAAAACAAGACUGUAACAGGGGCAGGCCUGAGCCGUCGCUCGCUGUCUGCCCUGCUUUCGCUUCCACGCGUUGAGUAAAAGUGGGUUUUUUUCUUUUAUUACUUCACUUCUUGCCUUCGACACAAUUCCCCGUUAUUUAUUCCCUUUCACUGUCACGCGACUGGCCUUGUUCAGGAAGGAUCUGGCAGGGGCGCAACUUUCAUUUUGGAGUGGAAUGAGGAAGAGGAAGGCUCGUUCUCUCCAGGCGACAGAGGGAGGGAAGGAAACGCUGCGCCGAGGUGGUGAACGUGAGUGAUCGUCAUCCUCUAUAUAGGUCGUCUUCCCCGGGAGUCAUUGAUUCCACAGGUGCUUUUCCAUGUGCGCGUGCUGACAUGUCUUGAGCGCGUGCGUUUCUCUCUGGAUGCCUCUGAGUAUGGAAGCUGGCUGCCAGAAAGCAUGUGCGCCAAGGAGCUCGUGCUGAAGCAUCGGACCCAGAUACUGGAUGCACUGUGCGACAGUGGCUCAGCUGAGUACCUGGCGAGGGUUCUGGACCUUCUACUGGCCCACGGGCAGGUCCAAUGGGAGGAGUACCAGGCCGUUCAAAUCCAGAGCCGGACACUUUACAGCAACGGGAGACAGUUGCUCGACCUAGUUCACAUCAAAGGCGAGCGCACCUGCGAGCUCUUCCUCUGCGCCCUGAAACAGGUUCUUCCUGAAACACUGGCAGCGGGGCUGCGAUUCGAUGGCUCGGGUUCAAAUGUGGCUGAGUCAGAGCCCGCUCAAAGCUCAGCAGCGCAGACGCUCUUGACCCAAAGACCGCGCCUGGUGGGCCUCCUGCAGGACUGCGUCGAUGGGGCCUUGGACACCCUGGUCGGAGCAGGACACUUGACCUCAGUGGACUGCAGCCAGAUUCAGUUGGCAAUACACACUCCCUCUCAAAAGGCAAGGUGCCUACUUGACCAUGUCAGAGGCAAAGGAGAGUCAGCAGCUGAGCUUCUCCUGCAGUAUGCUGAACAACAUCACAACUCCGCAUCAAAGCAAGUGACAGUCAAACCUUCUGCAGGUUUUUUGAAGUACCGCUCGAAGCUGUGCAGCUCUGUGACAGCUCAGUCGUGCUUCCUCAGCACCUAUGGGGGGACUGGUCACAUGUCGUUGGACGAUAUCUACACUGAGGGCGAGAUGGAACUUUCACCGGACAGUACCGACGGGCGAAGAGCUUUGGCCCUGGAGGAUGUUGUCGGCACCAUUGGCACUGUGAAUGAGGAGGCCGAUGCUGUGCUGGUGUCUGGCGACGCCGGCAGUGGGAAGAGCACUUUACUGCAAAGGCUUCACUUGCUUUGGGCGCGAGGGGAGGCCCUGGUGGAAUAUCUCCUUUUGUUUCCCUUCAGCUGCCGAAGGUUGAAUGCGGUGGAACAAAACAUGUCAGUUAAGGAACUGCUGUUUCAGCAAUGCUGCUGGCCUGACAGAGAGCAGGAGGAGAUCUUUCAGUACAUCAUCGAUUACCCGCAUCUUGUCAUCUUCACGUUUGAUGGCCUCGACGAACUGAAGCAGAGCUUUUCAGAUGAGCACAGAGUCUGCUGCCCCACUGAAUCAGCUCCUGUGCACGUGCUGCUAUUCAACCUCAUUCAAGGAUACUUAAUGAAAGGCGUGCGAAAGGUGGUGACAAGUCGGCCUGAAGCCGUGGGCCCAAUGUUAAAGAGACACCUACGCAAAGAGGUCCUCUUGAAAGGCUUUUCCACGAGCGGCAUUGACUGUUUUGUGAGGAAACAGCACAGUGAUCCCACAGUGGCCACAAAAGUUUUGGGUUCACUCAAGGCAAACACUGUGUUGCUCGGACUUUGUCACAGUCCAGUUCUCUGCUGGAUUGUCUCCCACUGCUACAAAGAGCUGCUGGGCUGUGGGGAAGGCAGCCCCCAAACUAUCACUGAUGUUUACUUGAUGAUUUUACAGCAUUUCCUGCAACACAAAAGCUCUCAGCGGAGCAGCUCAAGGUGGUUACAAGAGCACCAAAAGGCAAUCUUGCAUCUUGGACAGCUUGCCUUUAAGGGGGUCAAGACUUCAUGUUUCGUCUUUACUGCCAGAGACUUAGACGCUUGUGGCGUCAGUGAAAAUGACAUCCGCUUGGGUUUCCUCGUCCAAAGUAAAGAUAUGUCCUCCAGCCAGAGUAAACGGUAUGAAUUCCCUCAUCUGACCCUGCAGUGUUUCUUUGCUGCUCUGUAUAGUGUUUUACCCAGCAAUGGUGAUCGCUCCAACAUCCUAAUGCUCUUUGACAUGAAGGAGACGGGAGGCGCUUGCUUCAGGGCCUGCCUCCUCUCCCCGGACCAACAAAACCGUCUGUGCGAAAGAGAAGUCAUGGCGUCGGAAACCUCCAAUCUGCAGAUCACAGCCACGUUUGUCUCGGGACUGCUCUCGCAGAGACAUCAGAGUCUUUUGCUUCAGUUUUGCCCCAGUCACGUGAUAGAAAAGAAGGUCAAACAGGUAGCUAAAUCCAUUUCCAAAGGAAUGCAGAACCACUUUAAGUCCAUCCCUCAGCCAGUAGAGGGAGAAAAGAAGAGCAUGCAUGCCAUGCCAGGGUUUGUCUGGUUGAUCAAGUGCAUCUAUGAGAUGCAGGAAAGCAAGAUUGCCAAAGACGCCAUGGUGAAGCUGGAGGUGGACCAUUUAAAACUGGUCUACUGCAACAUUGGCCCCAUGGAAUGCACAGCACUGGCUUAUGUGCUGCAGCAUUUGAAGAAUCCUGUGGGGCUUCAGCUGGACAACAAUUCAGUGGGGGAUGUUGGUGUGGAGCAGCUUCUUCCAUGUCUGCACAUCUGUUCUUCCCUGUACCUCAGGAACAACAACAUCACGGAUGAAGGGAUCCGAAAACUCAUUGCCAAGGGUGUCCAGUGUGAGAGCUUUAAGAAAAUUGCACUUUUCAACAACAAGCUGACUGAUGCCAGCAUGUCAGACUUCGCUCAUCUCCUGAAGACCAAGCAGGACUUUGACUCAAUCAGACUUGGAAACAAUUAUAUCACAGAGGUCGGGGCCAAACGGCUCGCCGAGGGACUGCGUUGCAACUCCUCCUUGAAGUAUUUAGGACUGUGGGGCAAUAAAGUCGGUGACGACGGCGCACAGGCGUUCGCUGAGGCACUGCAGGGGAGCGACACUUUGGUGUGGCUUAGCUUGGUUGGAAACAACAUUGGCAGCUUGGGAGCGUGUUCUCUUGCCAAAAUCAUCAAGAACUGCACAUCACUAGAAGAGCUAUGGUUGACAGAAAACCAUAUAACCAGAUCAGGAGUUGAAUGUCUGAUCGAGGCGUUACAAGAAAACACUAAAGUGAAGUCAGUAUGGUUGAGAAAAAACAAUCUCAGCUCUGAAGAGAAGCAAGAGAUGGCAAGCCGGGAGUCAAGGCUGAUCUUCUGAUGAUGGUUUCAAGUUCUGAUGUAACUUAGUAUGGAACAAGUGUUAACCUGAAAGGUAUUAAGUCGUUGCCAAAGCUAUUGGUGGAUUGAUCCUGGGAGAUAGCCACCUCUUUUUUCUGUGGCACUGAAAUGGCGCUGCUGUGAAAGGGUGGUAACGCUGGAACAGUUGCAUGAAUAUUUGUGUUUGCUAUUAUUUAUUUCCAUUUUAACAUGCUGAAUGGACACCGUGGAACACAUGCGCCACAAGCUAGUCCUGCACACUUUAAGCGUGAGUCAAACAGGGUGUGACCUCCCUCAUCUAUGGGUUGGAUGAAAUGAAAACAUUUUCUAAA